AAAUGUAGCUAGCUUAAUGUAGCGCUUCACUGUUAGCACGGUGAAAGUUCAUCAGGAAGUUUGAACUCACGGUUGUUGGUUUCUGAAGUUUAACCACAAUGGCUCCGUUGAAGUUCUGUGCGAAUAUUUCCUGGCUGUUCACGGAGCUCCCCGACCUCAGCCAGAGAAUUUUAGCAGCUGCCGCGGCUGGAUUUCGGGCUGUGGAGGCAGCCUGGCCGUACGACUCGGACUUGCAGGAGCUUCAGAGAGUCAGAAAGGCCACAGGGGUGGAAGUCGUCCUCCUCAAUACCCCUCCAGGAGAUGUAAAGGCAGGUGAUCUUGGUCUUGGAGCAGUUCCUGGAAGAGAAUCAGAGUUCAGAGAGGGACUGGAUCUAAGUUUGAAGUAUGCCAGAGCUUUGGACUGCAAAAGGAUUCACCUGAUGGCUGGGAGGGUUCCUGUGGACUCCGACAGAGCGACGGUUACCAAGGAAAUGGAGGCUGUCUUUGUGCAGAACCUGAAAUAUGCUGCUGAUAUCCUUUCAAAGGAAGGAAUCACUGGAUUGAUUGAACCGAUCAACACUAGGAUUACAGACCCCACGUAUUUUCUGGAGUCUCCUCAUCAGGCAUCUGCGAUACUGGAGAAGGUUGGAAAGCCAAAUCUCAAACUGCAGAUGGACAUCUUUCACUGGCAAAUAAUGGAUGGAAACCUGACCCAAAACAUUCAGAAGUAUAUUUCUAUCAUUGGUCACGUUCAGGUUGCUCAGGUUCCCGGCAGAAAUGAGCCCGACAGCGACGGGGAGCUCAGUUACAACUACCUGUUCAACACACUGGAAAAUCUCGGCUACCAGGGUUAUAUCGGCUGUGAAUACAAGCCGCUGGGCUCCACAGACGAGGGUCUCGGUUGGAUCAAAGAAUACUGGACUCGCACAAAGUGCUGAGAGGAGGUGACGGAGCAUAAAGCUGUCAGAGUGUUGAGCCUGAUGGCACUUACUCUACCUGCAGCAAGCCCCUUUCCAUUUAACUUGGGACUUUGCACAGACUCCUGUGUCCUUAUAUUGCUUUAUAAAUAUGUCGUCCUCUCUAAAUCUGCUUCCACACUGUAGAGAGCAGUGAAUACAAAUUUGUUUUGCCUCAUCAGUGCUGGGUUUGUGCCGGUCAUGCACAUUUUUGUUCCUCGUUCAUCAGUGCACUCACUGAUUCAGUGUAGCUCUUCUUUAAAAUCAAAUUCAAGUAAUUUUUCCUGCUCUAUUUUUCUUGUAACGUCAGGUGGACGGAGCAUAAGAGCGGGGAGAGCUGCAAACUGCUUUUUUAAAGCAGUCUGUAAAUGAUUGUGACCGUUUAGGGAACAUCGGUCUGGAGGUGUUUGAGAUCAAAAGUGCUUCUUAAGAAAAAAAAAAAAUGGAAAAAAUAAAGCAGAAGAGCAUUGGAGCAAAAAAUAAAGAGAAUUAACCAUUAAUAUGAAUUCAAAUAAGGCAUUUUUUAAAAAUAAUUGCAACAUAAUCUUGAUUAAUACAGCACCACUUACGAAUGCAGGACUUGAUGCUUUGGCACUUGAGGAUGUGGCCUUCAGGGCUGAGGAAUGAAGAAAAUACUGAAGUGGAUUUUCUUUCUGAGACUUAAAACGGAGAGCUUAUAAAAGCAAAAAUCAAUCUUUCUUCAAUGUAAAAUAAUAUUUUCAGAAUUUAAUAAAAU